ACCCACCCUGACAGUCCCGCUUUAAACAAAAAAAACCUGUCCCUCUCUGAAAGAACUGAAACUCUGGGAAACUGCUCCGCUACAACAGAACAACGGGAACAGGAGCAGCGAGAUCGGAAUAGAAGCGGAUUAUACAACAGGGGUGUUGUUCGCGUCGGAGGAGACCACUGUAAGGACCAUGCAGUUCUGAGUAUGAGAAGGGACAUGAGGAGCGAGCAGAGGCUGAGUUUCCUCCCCAGUGAUCGGCAUGAGUCGGAUUCUCUCGGGUUUCACCCACGUGCUGCUGCUGGCCUUCUCGGGAUAUGCUGUUUUUGCUGAAUUUAAAUAUCGACUUUCAAAGCAACCUUGGCACGUGGCUCUAAGUAACCAGACUGUUCAAGUUGACUUCAAAGAACUGGGUAAUGCAAGCGUACAGAACUUAACUGUGUCUCUCAUCGACGUUAACAGAAACCGAACUGUCACCACAAAAGUGAUCGCUGGAAACCGGUCCCAGAGUUCUGUGGAAUUUGAGUGUUUUCAUUUCAAUUAUGCUGGCAACUUUGAGUUCAGAGUCACGGAUUUUACAAGCAACAGCACAACCCAGUGGGCAACUGAGUCAUUUCGUGUUAAAUGGCCAGACUUUUACAUUGAGCUGGCAAGAAAAACAGACUCGCAGAGCAACUUCCGGAUACAUGUAUUUACUCACGAAUAUUUAUGCCCACGGAAAGUGAAUAUACUGACACUAAUCCUAGAAGUUACGAGGAUUGAUUUAAAUGAACCUGGAGUUUAUAAUGUCGACAAAGUGUUAAAGAAAACGAUAAAUAAAGAAAUUGUACUGUCUAAUUCUCAGUGGGUGAUAUUUGAUUGUACUGAUUUCAGCCAAGAUGCACUCAUAAUGAUUUCCCUGCGAUCUCCCAGUACCAAUUCAGUGAUCUCAUCAAAAGGCCCACUAGUAUUUACCCAAAUUAUUGGGUAUAAACUACUUGUCGAUCAUUUGAGAACAGCUACAUGUGAAUCAUCUGCAGAGGUUGGUAUAGUGACACCACCUUGCACCCACUUACCAGGCAAGAUUUCUGUGUAUAAAAAUCGGAGAGGGGCUUCGUUUGGAAGAGAUAGUUUUGUAGCUGAGAAGUGGCUGCGUCCUAGGGAUAACAAAACCGAAUUUGAUUGCUCUGUGUUUGACGCUGGGAAAAAUAACUAUUGCUUCGAGUACGUUAGCAUUCUGAAUCACAGCCACACUUCCACUAAAGCUGUAAAUUGUGUUACCCUUCAGAAAUACACAGAAAGAGGGAGUGUUUGGCUGUCUUGGAGUCCAUGUAGUGUCACGUGUGGUGACGGAGUACGUGAGAGAUACCGACAAUGUGUUGCGUCCUUCUUGGGGACGGUUGCUUGUAAUGGGGAGAAGAAAGAAGUCUCCUAUUGUUCACUUGUGGAUUGUGCUGAACAGAGCGCUGGAACAGUUCACAAUGAAGCAUAUAACACAGGCAAUAUAGUAACGAUCACAGGCAUUUCUCUCUGUCUGGUGAUAAUCAUUGCAACCAUUGCUAUCACUGUACGGACAAAGCUAUCACGUAAGACACAAGCCUGCAGCACUGCAGGAAGACAGGGCUCAGGACCUCCACACAGUUUCAGGAAAAACCUUGAAAAUGAAAGAAACUUCUGUGACCUGAACCAUCAACAUGACUUUUUAACUGACAAUGUUGCCCCGGUAAAACUCAACGAUGGUCUGAAUAUCCCUUUCACGUACAGGAGGAGCCAGCAUUUCCUUCCAAAUCAGGACCUGCAGGCUGAAGAAAACCCAGGGCAACAAAGUGCUCAGAAAGUGAUCCCUCCGAUAUUUGGAUAUCGCUUGGCACAUCAACAGUUGAAAGAAAUGAAAAAGCAAGGGAUAACAGAAGCAACUCAGGUGUACCAUGUAACACAGCACCCUCUAGAUGACACGGUCACUAAUGAAGCAGGAGCCCCAGUUACAGAAGUAGACCAAACUAAUGUCACCACUGUCAUUGCACCCCAUAUCGACAAGGAAAGUGAUGUUGAAAGUAGCGCAAACAGAUUUCGUAUUCAAUCUCCAUUUACAGAUCAGAAGUCAAUUUAUUACAACCAACAAAUGGAAAAAGCAAACCAUAGGAUGGAUUAUACAAUUGCACCUUUUCCAGAACCGUUUGUUGACUACUUCCUGCCAUACCAAAUGCCACAAGUAAAUUGCACGGGACCUAAUUGUGAAGCCAGUAAUAAAACCCUUCCAGGUAGGCCAAGAAAGUUCAGGCGUUGUGAAACUGAGAUAGAAAUGUGUGAAAGAGGGAGUGGCAGAAAUCCUAAUUUUAGGAGAACAUCCAGUUUCAAUGAAUGCAAAACUGCAAAGUCCUACAGAGAAAGAAGUCAGUCCACUUGUACACAGAAGCUUCCAUCCCACUCUCACUCCAGAGCUAUUUGCAAGACGGCAGCUGGGACUGACAGAUCCGCUGGUGACAAAGUUGUAGCUCAGUCCAGAUUUAAUAAUGCUAGCUUAGCAAAACAUCAUGGCCGGACUUGCAGUGCAUUUGCAAUGGAGCCAUCGAAAUACCACAAGAAAAGUAGUCAGCCUGGAGCUCAGACUUGUAAAACUGAGAUGGCAAAUGAUCAGCAAACGACAAGUAGUAUUCUUACGAACUCAGAAACCUGUAGAGGCAAGAGAAGAUCGAGCAUGUCAACAAACCGAUAUAAAUUAACUCCUAAAGUCAGUGAUCCCAACUCUGAGAACUGUUCCAAUCGGAGGUCUCCACGGAGCAAUCCAUUACCUCGUCAUCAGUACAGACAUGAUCGGUGUCAGAGUUUCCCUUCUGAUCCCAAUUUUCUCCUCUAUGACAAUUCUGGUUUUGAGUUAACUACUUCAGAGCAGCAGAUAAUUGAUUUGCCAGCGCGUUUUAGUUCACACAUAAACGAAGAUGAAGAAGACACCAGUACUUUAAGUAAUGAAAAGCUGGUGAUCUGAGAAACUUGAAAAAAGAAACUUUUUAGAUCUAUGCAAAAAAAAAUUGUCUGUGUCUUAAUCUAAACCUGUCUCGUAAAAGUGACUUUAAUUUGUUAAUGGUGAAGAAAUAGAUUUUAUAAGGAGAAUUUCCAUUUCAAAAUGAGAACCACUAUCUGACCCACGUGUUGAUCUUAGAUUUCCCAACUUUGAAUUCUAAAGGGGCAUUAUCUAUCUCCAUUGUUUUACACAGAAAGGGAGCUAGAUUUCAGGGGAAAAUGCAUUUGGUUAAUAGAUUUAUUUCCACAUUGAGUGCAGAGACAAUCCAUGAAAAAUUUGUGCAGAAUUUCAAAGCAACUUUACUGAAACCAGUUGAAGGGUGAACUGUUAACCUGUACUUAGUUAUGUGUUCUACUGAUAUUGAUGACCCAGCUAAGCGCAGUGGUAUUCUACAGUUUCAAAAGAACCUUAAUGCACAGGGUAUUAGUUGAAUUUAUGUGCAAAAUUGCGCAUCAGAGGUCUGUGUGUAAAGGUUUUAAAUAUGCAAUUGUGAUUCUAUGUGGUGACCUUCAUUUAACAAUAAAUUCUCAGCUGC